GUCACAUGAGAAGUAGAGGAAGUUGUCAGGACUUUCACCCUGAAUACUUCACUGCUUCAGAGGUUUCUUUUUUUUUUGUACGUUUUCCACCUGAUGAUAUGGAUCGGAGACCAGUCUAUAAUGAUUAUGGAACCACGCGUGGCAUUGAAAACCCAGGAUACAUGUAUCCCUCAGCUUCAGCACCAGCCAUGUCUGGAGCCCCCGCAGUUCCCACAGCGCCCCCUGCUGGAUUUUACGACACAGUGCCGGGAUAUGAAGGAACAUUGGCCGGCGGAGGAGGGUUUCUUCCUCCUCCGAUGCCCUCGGCGCCUCUGCCUGCGGUGGACAACCUGCCUGCUCAGACCAACUGGAAUAUAACCUCCAUCACAGAGGAAGCUGCACGUGAGGCCUUCAUGAGCUAUGCGUCCAGUAAAUGCUGUUACAGCACUGCGCCGGUCCGAGAUGGAGUGAUCACCAACUUGGAGCCUUUCAACACCUACAGGUAUCGCUUGGAGACCUUCACCGAGACGAGAUCUACCGAAUGGAGUCAUGAGCCGUACACAGGCCAGCCUGUGGAUGCUUCAAUCCAGCCUGCCCCAGCGCCGUGGGCAAUCGUGGCCCAAACUCCCGCUUUCUUCCAGGAUCAAACACAGAACCUCAGAGUGCCGUAUACCUCCUCGGUCAAGAACUGUCAUACCUGCAUGGGAAUGGGAAAAAAGCCAUGCAAGGACUGUGCAGGCUCUGGGAAUAAAGUCUGCUGGGUGUGUAACGGCAGUGGGUUUCGCCACGGAACUGACCGCUGCUCACACUGCCAAGGCCGAGGAAGAGAAAACUGUGGCUGGUGCCGUGGACAUGGCUCCCGUGAAUGUGAAAUGUGUCGAGGGGGGAGACAGCUCCUCGUCUUCAUCACACUCAAGAUCCAGUGGACUACAUAUAAAGACGAUUUUGUGGUGGAGCAGGCGAGCGGGCUGAAAUCGGAGAAUCUCAACAAGGUCACGGGAAGGACAAUGUUCACAGACUCCCAGUACAUGCUUUACCCGGUGAUGGGCUUCCCCGACCCUUCACUGAGCCAAGCGUCUGAGCGUUUAAUGCGAGAACAUCAAGCCAAGUAUUUCCAGACUUCUCGUAUUGUGCAGCAGCGCCAUACCAUCGAGCUGAUCCCCAUCACCCGGGUGAGCUACGCUUGGAAAGCGAAGUCCCACAUUUACUUUGUGUUUGGGAAUGAGAACACGGUGUACACCGACAACUACCCGGCCACAUGCUGUUGCUCUGUCAUGUAGUCCCAGUAAUUCCCAGUAAUGCAGUCCCAGUAAUUCAGCAGCCAAAACACCAGAUGACAAAAGUCAUGAAAAAAAUCAUUUUUAACAUUCAUUUCAUCAUUUUAUAGUCUUUACUGAUUAACAUUUACGAUAUGUAUUUAAUCAUCAGCAUUAGGAAUUGUACACAAAUUCACAGCAGAAUCUUUGUUACGACUCUUCGAACGUGCGAUUCCACUCCCAAAAGAGAAGCUGGUUCAAAGAGUCGAUUCGUUCAAAGAGUCGAUUCGUUCAAAGAGUCGAUUCGUUCAAAGAAUCGAUUCGUUCAAAGAAUCGAUUCGUUCAAAGAGUCGAUUCGUUCAUGAGUGACACAUCACAUCGAGCUGGAUGGCAAAAAUUUGACUAUUCAGCUUAUUAGUGUCAGCUUUCCUCUUUACAGUCAGUUCGAUGCACGGGCUUCGUCUUUUCACCCGAUUUGUUUCCACAUAACGACAAUAUUACGAUAUAAAGAAGUAUAUUCACAAUAAAUACAAUAUAAACCACACAGAACUCACACUGCCUUUAAUUACAGGCCACACACGCAGAAUGUUCACAUCACUAUUACACUAAAUACUAAAAUAUUUUAUAUAUAAAGUUGUGUACUAUUGUGACAUGUUAUUUCGUUAUGCCAGAAUUAGAGAAUUCUGAGAAUUAUUAGAGAAUUAUUACUCGCUUGUAACGGAGAAUUCUGCCUUGUUUAUAAAGUCAAAUCUUUAUAUUUUAAUUAAAAAAAACAAACAAACAAAUUCAAUAAUUACCUUUCACUGCAUUUUAUAAAAUGUCAUUUCUGUGUAAUAUCUCUUGUAAUAUCUCACGCACCGACUGCCGCGGGCCUGUGUUCGUUUCACGGGUGGAGAACCGAUCGAGCCACUGAGGGAUUAACUCUGUGUCGGUCUCGAGCCAGGAUAAAAUAGGAGGUUUGUGUCAGGAAGGACAUCCGGUGUAAAACCUGUGCUAAAUCAGGGACCAGCCCGAGAACAACACCAACGAAUUAAUUAAAUGUGAAAUCUUCAAAGUGUUAAAAAAUUGGGCAUUUACAGUAAACAUCUAUACCUUCGUGGUUGUUUUUUUGCAUUUGCUGUGCUACUUUUCCAUUUAUCCUGAAUCAUGGAAGGAUUUCGAUAACAUAUUUUCUUAUUGUCAUAAUGGUGUAAGUUUUAAACAUAACUCUUCUGUAUAAAGCUUUGAAUAUUUUAGCUAAUUAUGUGAUACAAAGAGCUGAAUUUACUAACCAAUGCAUGCGAAACAAUUUAUCAUAACAUUUAACAUUAAACCGAUCACAUCAUCAUCAUCAUCCUCACCCUCCUCAUCAUCAUGGAUAUCGAAUAUUAUUUGCAUGCUGUUAAAUCUCCAUAACAACCACCAACAGUAAUGCAAGAAAAGAGCUAAAAACCGAACGAUUGUAUUGUUAUGAAUGAUGUCAUUCUGUUAUUUCUGUUCAUUGCAGUUUAUUAUACUGAGUAGUAAUGAAUGUGAUAUACUGUAUGUGUCAUAUAAUUCAGAGCGUAUGUACAUGUCUCUGGCGUCUUAACCAGCGUAUCGAUUUUUGUAAUAUUUACUCUCUAUCUACAUGUUUGGGUCAAGACAGAAUAAAGGUGAGCAGUGGAGGGUUAAACGUCUCGUUCUGGAUGUAACGGUGAUGUGAAUUUUAUUGAUUUGGGGAUUUAAAUAAGAAGCAGGCAAAAUGUUUUGUUUCUCCUGAUAGCUCUUUGUUUUGUCUGUAUUGUCUGUCUACUGUUAGCGCUUAUUGUAGGUUUUCAAGUCAGAUCCGUCCACAAAGCCGUUUUUUUCCCACAUGUGGCUGUUUUUGAAAACUAUAAUUGUUGAUGUAGUGGAUUUUUUCACACGAGAGCCUUAAGAGCAGAAGACCAAAGUGUCGCGAUUUCUCGCAACAUGACUGUCAGCCUGUCACCGUAUUUUUCUUUAAGUGAUCUAUUCAUUACCAGUUGAUUUAUGUCUUGUAUUCUCUUACUUUCCAAUGCAGGCUGUUCUUGGAAAUCUUUUCCUUUCAUGUACAAUUGAACACGUUUUUUUUUUGUACUUUAAUAAACACUUCAGUUUGAACUA